AUGCCUCCCUCGCAAGCAAAACCAUCCGCCCCGGCGGGUAGACCGACGCGCGAGCCGGCGGCCACGCGCAAGGUCGAGCGCGUGACAGAUCGCCUAGAGAAGCCGUCGUUGGACAACCGGACUUACCGAGUUAUCCGCCUUAAAAAUCAGCUUGAGGUUCUCCUUGUCCAUGAUCCAGAGACAGACAAGGCGAGCGCUGCCAUCGAUGUCAAUGUAGGGAGCUUCAGCGACGAGGAAGUCAUGCCUGGCAUGGCCCACGCUGUCGAGCACCUGCUCUUCAUGGGCACCAAGAAAUACCCAGUGGAAAAUGAUUACGCACAGUAUCUUUCAGCCCACUCAGGCAGCUCAAAUGCUUACACCGGAUCGACAUCUACUAAUUACUACUUCGAGGUAGCAGCAAAGCCUGGGAAUGAUGAGGAGCCGUCGGCUGAGAAUCCGUCUGCCCUCUAUGGUGCCCUAGAUCGCUUCGCGCAGUUCUUCGUCGAGCCACUGUUCCUGGCUAGCACCCUAGACCGUGAGCUUCGCGCCGUUGACUCGGAGAACAAGAAGAAUCUCCAAAGCGAUCAGUGGCGGUUGCAUCAGCUUGAAAAGUCUCUGUCAAACCCAAAGCAUCCCUACUGCCACUUCUCGACUGGUAAUCUUGAAGUUUUGAAGACCCUUCCGGAAGUUCAAGGAGUGAACGUACGGGACAAGUUUAUCGAGUUUUACGAGAAGCAUUACUCUGCCAACCGAAUGAAGCUUUGCGUCUUGGGGAGGGAACCGCUAGACGUCCUCGAGUCUUGGGUCUCGGAGUUCUUUUCCGAUGUCAAGGACAAGGACCUUACGCCGAACCGCUGGACCGAUGAAGUGCCUUUCAACAAGGAACAACUUGGUAUCGAGUGCUUUGCAAAGCCUGUCAUGGACUCCCGAGAGCUCAACCUCAACUUCCCCUUCCUUGACGAGGAGUACAGUUUCGAGUCGCAGCCGAGCCGUUAUAUCAGCCAUCUGAUCGGCCACGAGGGGCCGGGGAGCAUUAUGGCCUACAUUAAGUCCAAGGGCUGGGCCAACGGCCUGAGCGCUGGUGCGUACCCGGUCUGCCCAGGGACUCCCGGGAUUUUCGACUGUCAAAUCCGAUUGACAGAAGAGGGUUUGAAAAAUUACAGGGAGAUCGUCAAGGUCUUCUUCCAGUAUGUCGCACUGCUCAGAGAGACGCCCCCCCAGGAGUGGAUAUUUGAGGAGCAGAAGGGCAUGGCCGAGGUGGAUUUCAAGUUCAAACAGAAGACGCCAGCAAGCCGAUUCACUAGUAAGAUCAGUUCGGUGAUGCAAAAGCCUCUGCCGCGCGAGUGGCUAUUGAGCGGCAGUAGCAGGCUGCGCAAAUUCGACUCCAAGUUGAUCCGCGACGGCAUCGAAUGCCUCCGGCCAGACAACUUCCGCAUGACCAUUGUUUCGCGGGAUUUCCCUGGGAAAUGGGACCGGAAGGAGAAGUGGUAUGGCACCGAGCACACUUACGCAAAUUUCCCAGCCGAUUUUGUGGACGAGGUUAGGAAAGCCGCAAGCCUGCCCGCAAAGGAGCGCAUCCCCAAGCUCCACUUGCCACACAGGAACCAGUUCAUCCCGACCCAACUCGAAGUCGAAAAGAAGGAGGUGAAGGAACCGACUCUGGCGCCCCGGAUGAUCCGCAACGAUGGCCUGGCCCGAACAUGGUAUAAGAAGGACGAUACGUUCUGGGUCCCCAAAGCAAACCUGAUCGUGAGCUGCAAGAGCCCAAUCAUCUUCGCCUCGGCGGAGAACUCGGUCAAGGCCAGGCUCUUUACCGACUUGGUCAGGGAUGCGCUCGAGGAGUACUCGUACGACGCAGAACUCGCUGGCUUGCAGUAUACCGUGGCGCUCGACUCUCGCGGCCUGUUCAUCGAGGUCUCGGGGUACAAUGACAAGCUGCCCGUCCUCCUCGAACAGGUGCUGAUUACUAUGCGCGAUCUCGAUAUCCGCGAUGAUCGGUUUGAUAUUAUCAAGGAGCGCCUGAGCCGGUCAUACAGCAACUGGGAGCUUCAGCAACCCUUCACACAAAUCGGCGAUUACACCACCUGGCUGACAUCGGAACACGACCACGUCGUCGAGGAGUUGGUGGCUGAGCUGCCCGAUAUCAAGGUCGAGGCUGUUAGGCAUUUUAGUAAGGAGUUGCUGUCGCAGAUGCAUAUGGAGGUUUACGUCCACGGGAACCUAUACAAAGAAGACGCACUGAAGCUUACGGACAUGAUCGAGUCUACCCUCAAACCCCGGGCUCUGCCCCGAACCCAGUGGCCAAUCCAGCGCUCGCUUCUUUUCCCGCCGGCGUCCAACUACCUGUGGAGAAAGACGCUCAAGGACCCCGAGAACGUCAACCACUGCAUCGAAUAUUGGCUCUAUAUUGGCGAUAAGUCGGACCGCAAUGUGCGCGCGAAGACGCUUCUUUUGGACCAAGUUCUACACGAACCAGCAUUUGACCAGUUGCGGACCAAGGAGCAGCUCGGGUACGUUGUAUUCUCAGGCGUCCGAGCCGGGUCCACGACGUAUGGCUUCAGGUUCAUCAUCCAGAGCGAGAAGACUGCCGAGUAUCUGGAUUGCCGGAUCGAAUCAUUCCUUACGUCCUUCGCCGAGACACUGGACAAGAUGGAGGAGAGCGACUUUGAGAACCAAAAGCGCAGCUUGAUCGUCAAGCGGCUAGAGAAGCCCAAGUACCUGGACCAGGAGACUAACAGGCAUUGGAACCAGAUUCAUAGCGAGUAUUACGACUUCGAGUCGGCGCAACAAGAUGCGGCUCAUAUCAAGCCGCUAACGAAGGCCGAUAUGAUCGAGUUCUUCAAGCAAUACAUCCACCCCAGCUCCGCCGUCCGCGCCAAGCUGGCCGUCUAUCUGGUGGCGCAGGCGAAGAGUGAUGUCUCAACCAAGCAGAUCUCCGAGCUGGUGAAGACGCUCGAGUUGGACUCGGAAGCAUCGGCACAGGCGGCGACGGAUCUACAGGCCCGGUUGAGCGCCGCAGGUCACGAUGAGGCCAAGGAGAUCGACGGCCUGAAGAACUAUCUUCUCCACGACCUGAAGGUGGCCGAAAACAAGAUUGAUGCGGCUGUUGAAACCUGGAAGAAGUUGCAUACGCAGGCCAGCAAGGCUAGUGAGAUUGAAGGCACCGGGGAGCAGGCGCCUCCAUCCUCGAAUGGUACUACUCCGUUAAUCGUCGAGGACGUUCGCAGCUUCAAGGCCGGAUUGGUUGCGAGCGCCGGAGCCCAGCCGGCAAAGGACCUUACCGAGUACGAAGACUUCGAUCCGAAGCUCUAA